UGAAUAGUCUGUAGUAGUUGAUCGUAUUUCAGGAAGUAACUGAGGUCCGGUCCAUUAGCUGUUUCCCCAUAUAUCAUCAUGCUGCAGGCGUGAUACCGUCCGGAUCGCCCGUUCAUCCGAAGCCGGGCAACAUGUCAACCCGGCAGAGUUCGAAGUUUGCAGUUCGGACGUGUUUUCUUAUUCUAGCGAUGCUCGCUGUCUGUUUUGGGCACAACCCGUCAAACGAAGCAAAUCUACCCAGUGAGCUAGGACUCAGUAGGAAAUAUGAGUCUACAGAGCCUUGGCUUCUAAUUGGAGGGCAGAAGGCACCAAUCAGCAUCCUGCAGACAAUGGGCCAUCCUGCAUCGCUGAAGCUCCUGAUUGAAAUGGAAGGUGAACAGCUGCUGCUCUUACUUCAGAAAAAUGAGGCGCUGUUUGCCAGUCAGUACACAGAGACACACUACCUGGAGGGAAGGCGUGUUGUCAACACUUCACCUAAAGCCACAACAAACUGCUACUACCAUGGAGAGGUGAGCGGUGACCAGCACUCUGGCGUUAUCCUCAGCACCUGCACAGGACUCAGAGGGCUGAUCACAUUUAAAGAUAAAGUGUUGAUCCUGGAGCCAGCACAAGAGUCCAACAGCACAUUGCAUUAUAUCUCCAGGGGAGAACAUCUCAAUCUCACACAGGGCAUGUGUGGCCACGGGCACUACAUAUCCCACGCUGCACCUGUCUCAGACAGUUUGGGGACCAUGUUCACCUCACAAGGUGCCAGGCACAAGAGACAUGCCCAGAGCAACACUAAAUAUGUAGAGCUGAUUAUCGUUGCAGACAACCGUGAGUAUCAGAAACAGGGCAAAGACGUGGAGAAAGUGAAACAGAGGCUGGCCGAGAUUGCCAACUACGUGGACAAGUUCUACAGAGCACUAAACAUCCGUGUGGCACUGGUGGGCUUGGAGGUGUGGAGCGAUUCAGACAAAUGCAUCAUUACCCAGGAUCCCUUCACCACACUGCACGAAUUCCUGGACUGGAGGAAACUCAAGCUGUUACCACAGAAACCACAUGAUAAUGCACAGCUCAUCAGUGGGGUGUACUUCCAGGGUACCACAAUUGGAAUGGCUCCCAUUAUGAGUAUGUGCACUGCUGAACAGUCAGGUGGCAUUGUCAUGGACCACUCUGACAACCCCCUGGGAGCUGCUGUUACUUUGGCCCAUGAGCUGGGACACAACUUUGGAAUGAACCAUGACACACCAGAGCGUGGGUGUGGUUGCAGGGUGACAGCAGACAGAGGUGGCUGCAUUAUGACUCCUUCUACUGGAUACCCAUUCCCAACUGUCUUCAGUUCAUGCAGUAAGAAGGACCUGCAGGUCAGUCUGGAGAAGGGGGUGGGGAUGUGUCUCUUCAACAUGCCGGAGGUCAAAGUGCUCUACGGAGGGCAGAAGUGUGGCAACGGAUACGUGGAGGAGGGAGAGGAAUGUGACUGUGGUGAUCUGGAGGAAUGUAUGAACCCCUGCUGUAAUGCCAGUACAUGCACUCUGAAGGAGAGUGCAGUGUGCGCUCACGGCCAGUGCUGUGAAGAUUGUCAGCUGAAGCCGGCAGGUACUCCGUGCCGGGAGUCCAGUAAUUCAUGCGACUUGCCAGAGUUCUGCACCGGCUCAGACCCUCACUGCCCUGCUAACGUCUACCUGCAUGAUGGCCACGCCUGCCACAGUGUGGAUGGGCACUGCUACAACGGCAUCUGCCAAACACACGAACAGCAGUGCAUUACUCUCUGGGGUCAGGGUGCAAAGCCAGCUCCAGGUAUUUGUUUCGAGAGGGUGAACUCGGCAGGGGACCCAUAUGGGAACUGUGGGAAAGACGCCAAAGGAUCAUUCGUUAAGUGUGAAGCUCGAGAUGCCAAAUGUGGGAAGAUCCAGUGUCAAGGUGGUGCUAACCGACCAGUGAUUGGCACAAAUGCAGUUUCCAUAGAGACCAACAUUCCCCUGCAGGAGGGUGGGCGGAUCCUGUGCCGGGGAACACACGUGUACCUGGGCGACGAUAUGCCCGACCCAGGUCUGGUCCUCACCGGGACAAAGUGUGGUGAGAACAUGAUGUGCCUGAAUCGUCAGUGUCAGAACAUCAGUGCAUUCGGGGUCUAUGAGUGCUCGGCCAAAUGCAGCAGACGUGGGGUGUGCAAUAAUAAAAAGAACUGCCACUGUGAAGCGCACUGGGCACCCCCAUUCUGUGAUAAAGCUGGCUUUGGGGGCAGUGUUGACAGUGGCCCAGUAAGACUGGCAGAGAGUGAGAGUGUGAAAGUGGGCAUCGUCGUGGCCUUUCUCUGCUUACUGUGCGUGGGGAUGGUUGUCUGCAUUAAAAAGAAGACUCUGGCUGGCCUAUUCGUCAGUAACAAGAAAAACACUGUGGAGAAACUCAGGCCAGUAGGACCGGACAAGAUGACCACUAUCUCAACAAGCCAUAUUCAGCCUGGACAUAGAGCAUCUCCUCCCAGCUCUGCCCAUGCCAUGCCACAAAGUGCCAGCAUAUAUAAGUCUGCGUCUCCUCACCCAUCUGCUCCGGGUUCCCACAGUCUGCAGCAGCUGCCCCAGUGCCCUACUCUGACCAUAAGUCAACCUGUGAUCCUUCCCUUCACCCUGACCCCUUCACCAUCCGCGCUGCCCUUACACCGCACACCCCUGCCUCCUCUAACACACUCUCACACCAUCUCACCCAGCCACAGGGAUCCUCCAGCACCGUGCGUCCGCUCCCACAUGUACACACACUCUCGCGCUCACGCCCCCUCACAAGGAGCAGCCCUCCAAACACUGAGUGGCCAAAACACCUGCAGGGUGGCAAUGGAGUUUGAGAAACCCAGCCCACCUCAGAAGCCUUUGCCCGCUGACCCACUGGGGCGGAACCUCCGGAUGAUGCGGAGUCCCACAGCAAUCCGCCUCCCGGCUCCCAUCCCAACUAUCACCACCCCCCGCUCAGCAACUCCUCUCCCACAGCCCAGCAGACCUCCACCCAAGCAGCCCCCUAUACUGCCAAAGCCACAAUUCCUCACAGGCACGAUGAAACUCAGCACAUAAACCCUGGGACUGACAGGACCUCGGCAGAGAUAUUACACACAUUUUUUUUGCACUAUAAAACUCUGCUUGUCCCGAUGAACAACGUUCUGCUCAUGGGGGCUUGAUGGCUCGAACCCCUUGGUGCUAUGCCUCCUGUCGGUGCUAAGAGUCUGCACUCAGGUACACGUCGCACAUUAUUUAUGUUUGUCGAAACUGUAUUUAUUUCAGCACCGUGCAUUGUAGUGAACUCAUGUUUUAUGUGGUUUAUCCCUGUUUUUUGAUCGGAUUUUUUGUUUCAUGGGCAGAAUUCUAAGAUUAUCCCAUGUAGAAGGAGGUAUGAGGAGAAACUCUAACCUGUGAAAUGAUUGGAAGAAUAUAAUGCAAGUGGCUUUUUAAUGCUAGAACUGGAUUGUGAAAGGUUUGUAAGGGAAACUUGUUUAGGAAGUUCCACUCUGCUGAAGAUGCACUCCAUGACUGUACAAUCUCAUGUGUGUUACCCAUGUGAAAUUACAGAGGCGUAGCUGCAUCAGUGCCAUUUCUGUAGUUAAUAUCGGAGUAGGUAGAAUAAUUUCAGGAACUCAUUUGGUGCCAAGCUGUGACUGUACACUCCCCAGACACAGUUUUGGGAAACGAUUAGUCUCACAAUGUCUCCUGGAGCCAGCAAGGAUGGCUUCAUCUACCCACUUCUGAAACUGUGUUUUCACAUGAUAGGAUCGGGGGUCUUUUUUCUCAGCGUUUCAUCUAAAAAGACUCAUCCUGAACUGAAGAUUCUAUUUUCAUUGUUGCUUUUGAACUCUAGAUCUGGCUACUCAGAGAAUUAAUUCACCAGUUACUCAGUGCUGUCACACAGAAUUAUGUUAUGUCUCCAUGUUAUGAUGCAUUGUGCAUAUUACAUGCUCUCAUGCCAUUUUAAGUUUUUAUAAGAUGAUGAUCGGGUUGAACUGUGGUCAACUUUUAAAAAAGGAUGGAAGUUUCCCCCUUUGAUCUUCCCCCAUGUGUCUGGAUAUUUCAAGAUCCCAUAAAGACAAGCAGGCCUGCUUCAUGGGUUAAAGAGAAAACCUACAGGAAUGCAAUUUUAAUAAUCUUCAUAAUCAUAAUGGGACACCGGCUGAGCAGUACCAGGAAGAACAGUGGAAGGGGAAACCAAACUGGAUUGGGAUGCUUCUAGAAUGGAACCCUUCAAAAAAACAUAUCUGUAGCAAACUGGAGUCACAAGAUGUAUCUGUAUGCAAGGGAUGAGUAUUUUUCCCUGUCUGUUCUGUUUUUUGUUUUUGGAUUGACAUUUUUGGCUGUGAGAGUGCAUUUCCCCAGAGCCUACAUUUAUCACAAGCCUACUCUAGACAGUGUAGAACUUUUUUGGUUUUUUUUAACAUUAUAUAUAAUGUUGAAUCUUGUUACUGUGUUCUGGGGUUUUGCUUUGGUGUGAAAUCUGUCUACAGUCUUUAGUCGAUGUCCACAGCAGACAUCUAGUACAUAUUCAUGAAUACUGUAUUAUUUCAGGUGACAUUUUAAUUUAUGUUUUCAUGGAACACUACAGUAGAACAGUUGCUUUGCUUGUCUGAAUUGGCAGUCUUUACUCCUGUAUUCACUUUUUACCAUUUUAUAGCUUCUAUCAGUAUUACUACACAUAAAAGAUAAUAUUAAGUUUGUUUAUUUCACUCAGUUACUCAGACAGUUUUUUUCUUUCUUCAAAUAACACUGAUAAAUCAGUAUGUGGGAAAAAUCUGUAAAUGUCAGUGUGUGUAUUCAUAGAUUCAGAACUCAUGAAUUACAAACCAGUAAAGUUGUCUAUAAAACUA